AUGGCCGAGACAAGGAGCCCGCUUGGAGCGGUGAGGACCAAUGUCCUCGCUCUCUCUUCCACCCAUCUCCCUUCCCCCACCCGUGCGCCCAUCAAGGCGACCUCGUCACCAAAACAGCUGUACCCCAUCUUCCUCCAAGAUCGCUCACUGUCUCCAACAAGUGCAAAUUUCCCUGCCCGUAAUGGCCUUGUCGACAGUGACAAGGGCCGCGUCUCUGGCCCGCGGAAGCGGUCGAGGUCGAGCGUCUUUGCUCCCACUGAAGGCGACAGCGGUGUGGUCGACAGAUCCGAGCCUGGCAUCACGGAUUACUUUCCUUCUUUGGUUCAGCGCAGACCUGGAUCCUACAGCCACGCCUCCUCCAAGUCCAUUGCUGGCGAUACGCAGAAAGUACCAGCUGCCCCCGAAGUUCACUUAUGGAGGCGCAGUCGUGCGCGCUUCGGCAUGUCUCGAGCUCCCGCGAGGCCAGCAUUGGCGAGCGCUCCUGCUUUUCUGUCGACGCUUGUGACUCGUACUCAAGGCGACACCCUGUCCGAUUGUUGGUCAAUCACAUUACCUUCCUUGCACAGCCCAUCCGGUCAAGACCGAGACUUCAGCCCCGCGCUCGCGCUCGCGUUCAGCGAUGACGCCAGGCGGCUGACGCAGCAAGAGGCGGCAAUGUCGGGAAGAAAGAGGCUUCUUGCCAUGGGUGACGAAGAGGGCGCUAUCAAGAUCCUUGAUGUCGACCAGCCGUCCUCGUUGCAGGCCGAGGCCAGUGGUAUCUGGUGGAGGGCUCACAACAACGGUGUCUUCGACCUCAAAUGGUGUGACAACGACACCCGGCUUCUCUCCGCAUCGGCGGACCAGACGUUGCGCAUUCACGACGUUUCCCAGGAUUCGUCAAAGCUCUUGGCCGUUCUGGGGGGCCACACCUCCACGAUCAAAUCGACCGUAUUCCUGGACCCAUCUAGGUCGAACAACUUGAGCGACUCCGGCAAUUCCAACAUUAUUGCUUCUGGUGGCAGGGACGGAAACAUCAACAUCUACGACCUCCGCUGCCACGGAGCCUUCAGUCAACUCAACGACCUCUCCACUUCGCUGGAUACCGCUGUUCGCCGGUCAGCGCGCGCCCGUAAUGCUCGCGAUGCAGCUUCAAACCAGGUCAUCAACCCGGUAAUGACGCUACGCCAGCCGCACAACGUUCCGACGGGUCGUAGGUCUACCACAGAAACUCGCUCCGUAUCGCGCACGAUAACGAGCCUCGUCGCCUUGCAAUCCAUGCCGGGGAUUCUGGCGUCUGGUGGCUCUUUUGAUGGGAUCGUGAAGCUCUGGGACAUCCGCUGCCCCGACCCGUCGUCUAGCACUCGUCCAAAAGCUACACCUUACGGCGUGUUGCCGGACCCCACGAUCCUGGGAAACCCAUCUCGCCGUUCCCGAUCUGUGAACGCGCUUUGUGAGAGCCCGACCAAUGGCGACCUCUUUGCUUUGUGCGGGGACUCCCAGAUUCAUGUCCUGCGUCCCUCGGCGGCGAAGACCGAAUACGAGCCUCUGGAGGCCAUCCUGCCGCAGAAGUUUGUUCACCCAGACCUGCUCACAAGGUCAUUCUACAUCCGAAUGUCCUUGUCUGCGGACGGCAAGUACCUCGCCUGUGGUUCAAGCCAUGCGGGUGUCAUGGUUUGGGACACUGGUUCUCAUGGGAACACGGCAGUGAAUGGAUCAAGAUUGCCUGUUCCAAAGCAACACGGCUCUUCACACGAGCCAGAAGUGAUUGCUGUAGACUGGGGAAGAGACAUUCUGGUCGCUUCGUCGGAUGAUUGCACAACACGACUAUGGCGGCCCAAUCCAGAGGUUGCGGCGGCACUGACCUCAACGCGAGGGACAGAGCAGGAGUGGAGUGGCAUAGUGUAG